AUUCCACACUGCAUUAUGUUUAUUUUGUUAUUCGACGUUGUUGGUUGUUGGAUUUAAAUCUGUUUUGGCUGCUGGAAUAUUGAGAAACCUGAGAGAAAAGCGCCGUCUGGUUCCUUUAAAUUCCGGAAGAACGGAAAAACGCUGGCAUUUAACCACCCCACCAAGAAAUUAAUUACCAACACAACUUUUUUGGAUACCAAAAUGUGCGACGAAGCCACCGAGAACGUGGAUCAUCAAGACCACCAUGUCCAUUUUGACUCCAACACGGUGAAGGAUGGCUUCGAAACGGACAGUUGUGUCACAUAUCAAAGGUCGGGCGACACGAUUGUCGUGAGCCUGGGAUUUCUGCAGAUCAACCAUCGCUACUUGAUCGAACUGAAGCUACCGACGUCGCUUUUUGGCGAUGCGGGGACGCUGGGCAGCAAGUUUGAGCCGCUGGUCAGUGCCACGCCGAGUCUGCACUGCAGAAUUACCGAGUUCGAGGGCACCAAGCAUGACGAGCAUGACUUCUUCGAGAUGAAAAUCGAGUUUUUCGCCUACAAGGAGAAGCUGCUGCGCGAGGUCCUGCACAUCGUCAGCUCGUCCAAUGCCAAGGAGCUGCUCCAGCUGGUGAUCGCCGCCCGGGUUCUGGGAAAGGGCAAGGGAACGCCCAUGCUGCGCACCGGGAUCCACUGCAUCGGCGUCGAAAGGGAUGAGGAUGAGUCCGAGGCAUCAGAUUUCGCUGGCUUCGAUAGCAAGCCCUAAAAUGGAACCCCAAUUAUCUCGCCUUGCCGAACACCUGUUUCUUAGUUAAUUGCAGAUAUUUACAUAGUUCUUAAGUUAAGAAUAACAUGUAACGUUAGUUAUUACCUACAUAGCAACCAAUUGUGUAUGUAAUACUCAUUGAGCAUUUACAUUUAGGUUUCGGUUCCAGUUUUGCUUGUUGUACUUAACAUUUGUAAAUUACCCCGUGUCCGCAAUUGUCAAGUUUGUAUAACACGUGAGUGGGCGAACUGCCAGUAAUUCUUGACUUUUAUAACGAUAUUGAUGACCCAAUCUCUUGAUUUUGCCAGUAAGACUAAAAUGUAUUUGCAAUGUGUCAUUAGGUCAAAUCAGUUUUUGAUUUAUUUCCACUUCUAAAGCCAUAAAAAGUGUUUUACGAUUAAUGUGUUCGAGUUAUCUGAUCAAUUGAACUGCGAUUGAGAGUCAAUUUAAUAACUUUUAAAAACUAAAUCAUUCUUUCAUUGAAUUAUCAAUUUAAUGUCCCUAUUUAAACGUUUUUAAAAUUAAAAAUUUGCACUGUACAUACAUAAAGUCAAAUAUAAUACUUCAAAUUACACCAUAUACAAAUUAUUC